GAAUCUACCGUGGUAGUCCAGGAUCCUGAGCAAGAGGGUGCCCCCCCCAAGGCAAAAAAAGACAAGAAGAAGAAAAAGAAACGCAAGACCCAAGAAACAAUUGAGAACGAGGCAACUGUUGUACCUGAAUCAAGCACCGAAGAGGCACCCGUGCAAGCUGAAAAGGAUAGCCGUACUGCAGCUCCGGGGGUUAUCGAAGAGGCAAUUGAGCCGAACAAUGUUACGAAGGUUUCCGAGAUCUCCAGUCAAGACGUGCCAUAUUUGAUGCCGGAGAGUAUUGUUGAACAUACGCGAGCUGAAACCGAACAGGCAGUUGAUGUUACUGUUCACGAGGUGAAGGAGUCGGAAGGAACCGAACAGCAGGCGAGUGAGCAGCCUGAAAAUCCCCUGAAUGAUGGCACACCGGCUAUGUCGGCGAAAGAAAGGAAAAAGGCGAAAAGGAAGGAGAAAAAGCGCCAGUCAAAAAACCUGGAUGGCAGCAGUGCUGCCCCCAAUGCCGCGGAGUCUGCCUCAGUUGUACCGGAAGAAAAGACUCAAGGUCCCUUGAUAAAUGCGUGCACCACUUCAGCUGAAGAUGGCACGCAUGAUGCAAUCGAAACCCAAGUCUCCGCUGAAUUGAAACCCUCAGACCCUUCGGUUGAUACGGCAACCCUACCUGCUGAAGAUGACGGUAGAUCAACGGCAAGCCACUCCCUUCGACUCUCCUACCCAACCCGUGCUUGAGAAUACCGAAGCCGAUAAAGUAGCUGUCUCCGACGAACCAGUCCCACUGUCUGAGGAAAUUGAGGUAGGAACUGAAGAUCAUGCGUCAAAGACGGAGCAGGAGGCUACUAGCGAGGUAGAUAGGGUUUCCCUCGAGCACCUGCCCACUGAAAGCCUUUCAGCGGAGGUAGACGAAAGUGGCAAGACACUUACGCCAAUUCGGGACGAGUUAGCGAGCCAGCGAGACACGACUACGGAAAUCACGGGUCAAGGGACUAUGAAAGAUACGAUGCCGGCCCAGACGGAUGAGAAGCUUGAAGAAAGGGAUAAAGAACCUGUGCCUGAAGCAUGUCUCGCUGCUGUUGAGGUACCAGACGCUUCCGUGGAUGGUCCACAAGCAACAAAUGAAACAGCAGUUCCUCUCUCCCCUGCUGAAGCUGGCGUUCCCGAAGACCUGAGAGAGACAGACAACAGUUUAGCUAUUGACGUCGAGAAGCUUGAAGCAACAGAGCCUUGGAAGGAAUUACAUCAGGAGCAACGAUCAGAAGAUCCUCAACCAGAGAAUACUUUUUCUGAGUCUAAUCUAUUCUCUACGAAAUUGCCCGAACAUGGCACGCGCGAAGCCAAAAAAUCAAAACUGCAAGUGGGCAGCGCUGGACUAGCCCCUGAAAGUGACGCAAAGGAAGACGAGACUGCGAGCCCUAGAGAAACGAGACUGGAAAGUGUUAAUCUCGUUUUAGACUCACUAACAGCGGAAGAGUCUCACUGCGGUGGUGCAGAGGUGACUAACGCGUCGAAGUCUGCCAAGGAGGCCCUGAGUGAGAUACAGGCAGAGCCCGGGAACUGUUUGUCAGCUGGCUCAGGCGAGGAGAACAGGGAUGUGUCAGAUACGGCAGGAGAAAAACCAGGUGACAUAGAGACAAUCGCUGAACUUUCGGAAGCCAAUAAAGGGGCAACAUUAGAUCCCGUGGAAUCCUUGGGUUUAGGGAGUCAACCAUUCGCUGAGAAGGAACAACUGCAAACUAACAUUGAGCCUACACCCGAACGGUUGAGCCACAAAGAACUGAUUGAUGGUGCUAAAACAGGCGGAGAGGAAAAUAUGACGCAGCCUUUGGGCCGUAACGCGUCGAAAAAACAGAAGAAGAAAGCGAAGAAACAAGCCAAAGAAACGUCACUAGAAACCGCUGAUUCUUCACUUGCCGAGUCCAAGAGAGAAAUAGAUGCAGAAAGCGGCCCUGAAACAAUAGUCGGCUCCUCGGCAAUGGCUGAUGCCGCUGAAUCCAGCUUGGCACCUGAAGAAAAGCCCAUGCAGGGCCAAAAAGUGCAAGGUCCACAGAGCGAGUCGGGCGUAUCGAAGCCGGCAUUCGAUGCUGUAUCUGCAACCGAAGAAAGAAGUGCGUCUAUGGCUAGGGAGUUUUCUGGCCAGACUCGGGCCACGCAUGAGUUACAGGAGGGAGAUGGCAAAGACGCUGAAGCCCAGAUAAAGUUGAGUAAUCAGACUUACGAGGGAUGGGAUCUUGAGGUAGCCAAAGAUCGGACUGGAGGGCAAACCACGCAACAAGAAACUCCAGUUCCCAGGACCGUAUCAAAAGAGGAGCAAGGGGGGUCUAAGCAAGAGGCUAAGCUGCAGAUCACUGAGCAAACAGAGCAACCAGCAUCGGGGGGAAAUACCGAGUCUGCUGAGGGGGACCUACUUAGUCAGGAAGCAAAGCCAGAGAGUUCGGAGCCUCCAAUGGCUAAAGCAACCAGCGCAGAAGAUUUUCCUCCGAAAGCAUCAUCUCGGGAGAACAAGCAGAAGAGUGAAGAUAACAUGAGCGUAGACACCAAGGAGCCAGAAGAAACUAGAAGUGUCAGUGAAGAUGCAAACGUGAGGCCUUCCCAAGGCCAAUGUCAUCCAGAGACAUUGGCAACGGAGAGGUCUGCAAAGGACAAUGAAUGGCCUUUGAUAGAUUGGGAGAAGGAAAGAGUCGAUGCUUUAGAACAGACUCCCCAAUCUUCACCUGAAGCUGUCGCGGCCCCAUUUGAGCCAGACGAGUCGGCUGAAGCCAUAAAGGCGAAGGCGAAUAUGGGGCCGCAAGGACAAGGUUCGGAGGCAAAGCUUGCGACUCCAGAAGCAAUUGUCGACACAGCGGAGUAUGUUGCUGACGAAUUGGCUCCGUCAACGGAGGAGCCCGGAACGGAGCCAGCCUCGAAAGCGACCCGAGAGCAUACCCUAGACGAUGCAGAAGGCUCUAUUCCAGCGAAGCAGGCGAUGGGAAGCCCUGGCUCGGUUUCCUGGAAGCAAAGCAAAAUUGCCAGUAUAUUUCCUAACUUGGAACGAGGCGCAUUUCGGCGACCUAUUACCAUCGAGUCGUCGGAGGCAGUAAAAGAUGGGGCUGAGGAUGAGACCAAUGACCAAGGAGUGAGUCGCGGAGACGCGAUCCAGGUCUCGGAAGCACCCAUCGCUGCCACUGAUGGUAAGGACAACGACCACUUGGCGGAUGCUCUUGUGAGUUCAGAGCGGCCGACUACUGCUACGCUAGAGGGCCUCCCAGGAGAGGCUACGAUUCGUGAUAUCCAAACGCCAGUUGCAUCUCGUUCAGUUCAAGGAGACCACAAUGACUCCAAGGAUGUUCGAAAUACACAAGCUGAAUUAACUGAGACAGGUUCUCUUGCGCGGGAGAUUCUAUUAUACGCCCCAAUACCAACCCACGAGCAACCGCCUGCAUUUAUCAGCUCCUCGUCGAAUGCUAUGAGUAUAGAUCGGCAAGCAAGCCCCGGGUCUCUCUCUAAGCUUGGUUGCAGCCCGUUAAUCCAGAGAAUGUGCGACCCUUCCCCGCGGCCAAAGCCAUCGGAAGAAAAUACACCACCUGCACAACCAAACAGCGCACUGCCAUCCUCAACCUUUGGGGUGCCAUCGGUGGUAGACAGAGGCGCAAUCUCCCCUCCCCGGACCCCAUUGCAACCUAUUGCAGAACAUGGACCAGUUGAUCGGACAAGGACCCCAAUAGGAGCCAUGCGUCAGGGACAUGGAAUGCCCUGCUUGGAGAUGAAGCCAGAACAUGUGCUUCCGGUGCCCGAGACACCGGUCAGGAAAUUUACAGACAACGCUCUGGCGCGCCAGGCAUGGCCUACACUUGACAGGGAUGAAGACCAAGACUUUCACAUCAGGAAGCGUGGUUCAGCCAGAUCUAUUGACCGCGAAUGGCCUGCGGAAGCCGUUCAAACACCGGAAAGAGGCAUACCAAUCCUGAGACCGAGCAGUGUCAGUAGCAUUAAAAGCGUGCACAGCGCACACUCCCAGCGGUCGCUACGACGGAUGGAUCGCAGCGCUGGCGGCGAUUUGCGGGCGGCGAGCCAAGCACAAACAGACGCCCGCCAAUCAUCGCGCAGCCCCCAGCCACCACCUAUCGAGGCCCCUCCUUCCGACCUCAAUAUUGAGCACAUAGCUUCCUCCUCUUCCUACGACCCCGUCACCGAUAAGGGCAAACGGCCCCUGCGAGCCAUGACCGAUGUUUACGAGGGUUGGGGGGAAACGCCGAACUCGCCUCGGUCGCCUAGCCGACCGCCCAGUAUCCGGCACCGUCGAAGCAUGCAACACUUACAAGAACUUGAGACUCGCCUCGACCAACUCAUUUCAGAAAAUCGCUUACUUGUUGCUGCGCGAGAAGCUGCUGAAGACAAGCUCCGCAAUGCAAGUGUUGCUCGUCGCAAGAGUGACCAUGCGCUCAACGAGCGAGCUGCAGACUUGCGAGACAGGGAAGCUGAAGUGGAACAACUCAAGAAUUCAGUAGAAUGGCUUCAGAAAGAAGUAUCUCGGUUGACUGAAGAAAACGAAGGGCUGACUGUUGCGAACUCCAACAUUACCGUCGCGCAUGCUACCGAGAUUCAAACCAUACGGGCGUCAUCAAACCGUGAGCUAGACGAUUUGCGCCUACAGAACCAGCAGUUGUCGAGCGAAAUGCAAGAUAGAGUACGUCAGCAGAUCGAUGUGGCACUGGCUCAGAAGAAUAUGGAGCUGCGCAGGUUGCGAGAGGACUUGGAGAGCGCCCGGGACAAAGUGGAGGAACUACAACAACAGAUCGCCGCAUCCGUGCAAGAUAGCGUAUUAGUCUUCAGGGAUGAGGACUACUUCGACGCAGCGUGCCAAAAACUGUGUGGCCAUGUUCAACAAUGGGUGCUACGCUUCUCUAAACACUCCGACCUACGCCGCUGUCGCAAGCUCGACGAUCUUCAGGACGAAAAGAUAGCAGACCGGUUUGAAAAUGCUAUACUAGAUGGAUCCGAUGCUGACGUCUAUCUCUCCGACCGGGUUCGUCGACGCGACGUAUUUAUGUCGGUGGUAAUGACAAUGGUGUGGGAGUUUAUUUUCACUCGCUACCUGUUCGGCAUGGACCGUGAACAACGGCAAAAGCUCAAGUCUCUUGAGAAACAGCUAGGUGAGGUAGGCCCGCGCGGUGCAGUUCAUCGUUGGAGGGCUACUACCCUAAGCCUUCUCUCAAAACGAUCUACUUUCGCCCGGCAGCGUCAAAACGAUACAGAAGCUGUGGCCUUGGAGAUUUUUGAGACGCUGUCCCGUCUUCUACCACCACCAAGCAAUGUAGAGCCUCAGCUUCUAGAGUCCCUGCGCAAGGUACUGAGGGUUGCAGUCGACCUAUCUAUUGAAAUGCGCACGCAGCUGGCGGAAUACAUCAUGCUACCUCCCCUACAACCUGAGUACAAUACCAAUGGUGACCUUGCACGAAAAGUCUAUUUCAAUGCGUCCCUAAUGAACGAGCGCAGUGGCGAAACUACUUCAAAUGAGGAAUUGGAGUCCCAACAAGCUGUGGUCCGGGUUGUCUUGUUCCCUUUGGUAGUGAAGAAGGGCAAUGACGCAGGUGAAGGCGAAGAUGAAGUAGUUGUUUGCCCGGCGCAAGUGCUCGUUGCACGUUCUCCUAAAGAUAAGAAGGUUACCAGAAUGCUCAGUGGUGACCGAAUGUCCCUGGAUGGCACCAGGUCCAUUCACAGUAUCGCUCCGUCGUCGACCAUGGACAUGAGCAAUGUGAUUUGAGGCGUCACACUCGAUCAUAUCUCGUCAUGGGCCCACCUCGACCGUUGCUGAUGGGCGAAAAUCAUUGAGAAAACAACAGAGUGGUUAUAUUUUCUUUUGGGGAUGGCAAAUGGUAUAGUAGUUGGGGCGUCAAGGUCAAAGAUGGAUGGUUGGAUAUUUGGUCAAUACGGCUCGGUAAUACAAAAGGUAAUAAUAAUCGAGAUGGGAGUGGGACCUGAUUUCUCUUUUCUUUUUUGUUUUUUCUUUUUCUUUUUCUUUUUCUUUUUCUUUUUCUUCUUCUUUCUGUCGUCCAAAUUACCCCCUUUUCCUUGCUUUACCACUGUUACUUUUUUAUGAAGACUAUGACGAUGCCAACAUCUCCGUCUACUUUCUAGAGCUUAUGAUGUCACGGCCUUAUUUUUCUCUUCUUGAUAUAAUGACUGCUUUUCUAUGUAUACGAGAGACGAGUUGGAUCAUGUUCAUUAUCUAAGGGCUCUCCUUCGAGGACAUACUUAUGUGGUGUACUUAUGUACUUAUAAAUAUUUUGUUCAUUUUGAUACCAUGCAAUGUCAAUGAAUUAGGUUUCAUAGGGCCCGUAGGGUAGAAAAGCGGAGUGCUGACCUCAUACAUCAUACAUACCGAAAGUUAAAGCUCAAAAGAAACAAUCGUGGGGCCUGAGGCUGACGCAAACCAAAU